UGCCUUUGCUUCAAGCCGGAAUACAGGCAUCUUCUUUUUUGUGUCAUUUGCUACUGACAGGGCCUCAGAGGCCUCCCCUGCCCACUGCCACUGGCAAUUCAACUUCUUGUGUGAGAAGAGAAGGCUGCCUGGUGCCGAACUGCUUCCUGCUUCUUUUCCUUGGCCUCACCCUUGCUUUCUUCCAUGUUUGAACAAACAGCAAGCUCCUAGAGCCCUUCUUCCCCAGGAGGCAUCAUCUCCUGCUUUGCUUAGCAAAUGGCAAUGGAGGCGGUUCUUGCUGUUUGCUCACUGCUGCUGCUUGUGUUCGUCUCCUUCCCUUGCACGCCGGCAAGCGGUCUCCUCUCACCCAAGGGUGUAAACUAUGAAGUGCAAGCUCUCAUGAUGAUCAAGAACUACCUCAAAGAUCCCCAUGGUGUGCUCAGGAACUGGGACCAAGACUCUGUGGAUCCUUGCAGCUGGACUAUGGUCACCUGUUCACAAGAAAACCUUGUCACUGGCCUGGAAGCUCCAAGCCAGAAUCUUUCCGGCCUUCUCUCCCCAAGCAUAGGAAACUUGACCAAUCUUGAAAUAGUUCUACUGCAGAACAACAACAUCAAUGGGCGAAUCCCAGCAGAUAUUGGCAAACUAACAAAGCUUAAGACGCUCGAUCUUUCCAGCAACCACUUCUCUGGUGAAAUCCCCAGCUCUGUCAGCCACCUUAGAAGUCUCCAGUACUUGAGGCUCAACAACAACUCCCUGUCUGGUGCAUUCCCUUCAACGUCAGCUAAUUUAUCAAAGCUUGUUUUCCUGGACCUGUCCUACAAUAAUUUGAGCGGUCCAGUUCCAGGGUCUUUGGCAAGGACAUUCAACAUAGUAGGGAAUCCACUGAUCUGUGGAGCAGCUACGGAACAGGAUUGUUACGGAACUUUACCGAUGCCAAUGUCCUACAGCCUGAAUAACACACAAGGUACUCUAAUGCCAGCAAAGUCUAAGAGUCACAAAGCCGCAAUUGCAUUUGGCUCCGCGAUUGGCUGCAUCAGCAUCCUUUUCCUUGUUACGGGGUUGCUGUUCUGGUGGAGGCACACAAAACAUCGGCAGAUUCUUUUCGAUGUUGAUGACCAACACAUAGAGAACGUCAACCUUGAGAACCUGAAGAGGUUUCAAUUCAGAGAACUCCAGGCUGCAACAGAGAACUUCAGCAGCAAGAACAUGAUAGGAAAAGGCGGUUUUGGAAAUGUUUAUCGGGGCAAGCUCCCAGAUGGAACUGUAGUAGCCGUCAAGAGGUUGAAAGAUGGAAAUGCCGCAGGCGGGGAGUUGCAGUUUCAGACUGAAGUAGAGAUGAUCAGCUUGGCGGUGCACCGGAAUCUCCUUAGGCUCUGUGGGUUCUGCAUGACUACCACCGAGAGGCUACUGAUCUAUCCAUACAUGUCAAAUGGAAGUGUUGCGUCACGCCUGAAAGGGAAGCCACCACUGGACUGGAUCACCAGAAAGGGGAUAGCACUCGGUGCGGCAAGAGGCCUGCUAUACCUGCACGAGCAGUGUGAUCCCAAGAUCAUCCACAGGGAUGUAAAGGCAGCAAACGUACUGCUUGAUGACUUCUGUGAAGCAAUCGUCGGAGAUUUUGGGCUUGCCAAGCUCCUGGAUCACCGUGAUUCACAUGUCACCACAGCUGUGAGGGGCACCGUAGGACACAUUGCCCCGGAGUACCUCUCCACAGGCCAGUCAUCUGAGAAAACCGACGUCUUCGGCUUCGGGAUCCUGCUGCUCGAGCUGAUUACCGGGCAGACUGCACUCGAGUUUGGGAAGUCAUCAAAUCAGAAGGGAGCCAUGCUGGACUGGGUGAAGAAGAUGCACCAGGAGAAGAAGCUCGACGUGCUUGUCGAUAAGGGACUCAGGAACAGUUACGACCACAUUGAACUAGAGGAGAUGGUGCAGGUGGCGCUGCUGUGCACCCAGUAUCUCCCCGGUCACAGGCCCAAGAUGUCGGAGGUGGUCAGGAUGCUGGAAGGCGAUGGGCUCGCAGAGCGGUGGGAGGCGUCACAGCGUACUGACUCGCACAAGUUCAAGGUGCCCGAGUUCACCUUCGGGCGCUGCUACUCUGACCUGACAGACGACUCGUCAUUGCUGGUGCAGGCAGUUGAGCUCUCUGGACCGAGAUGACACUUUGACAGGCAGUGGAAGUGGCAAAUAGACAUCACCAGUGGUUUCCAGCAGGAUUUGUACAGCAAGAAACCCCUCUGUAAAGUGGCAAAUGACACAAUGAUGUCAGCAUCCGGUGAUGCAUUCUGUCAGUAAGUGGAGCAGAUCUCAGAUGAACUGUACAAAGAUCAAAGAAGUGCACAACCUAGUUACCUACGCAUGGUAAUAUUACAUUAACAGAUUCUGUAAAGUCGAGAGCAAUAUUUUUGAGCUGUAAAUUUUGCCCCCCCCACCCCGUUCUCUGUAUCUUCAUUAGUUUAGUUUGCAAAACCUGUUGCUGCUCGAUUACAAUGACCUUUCAGUGUCAUUCACAUUGAUAGAGAGCUCCAAAACUCUUGUCACUUCA